UUGAACGACCCGACGUUGCUCGUGCUGACCCUCGCCGGCUACGCGUUGCGGCCAUUUGAAGGGCUGCCGCUGGCAUCACACCCCGUAACGACAGUCGAGACGGCAACAGCGGCGAUCGUUGGCCACUUUCUCGCCAGCGACUGUCACGCAGCGCUCGACUACGCGGCUCUUGAGCUGUCGUGCUUGCCUCGGCUGCCGCCGCCGAGCAACAUGCUUCUUCCGUGCGACUUCCACGAUGGGACGCAAUGCGAAGUCUCGGUCGACCAUAUCCUCGACGUUGCGCAUGCGACGUACCGACAGUUGGGACGAGAAGACACGAGAGCACUGCAACGACCUGUCGCAGUCACACGCCCACGCGAGCCAGACGACGCGACGGAACACGGUCGCCCGUCAAAGCGUCCAAAGGGUCAGGAAGUGGCGCGUUGGAUCCGUUCCAAAGACGGUGGCACACUGACAACAGCCGACGUGCCCGACCUCAAGACCAUUUACGUCGGAGCUCAGCUGUCAACGACCACGCUCAACAAGCUCUUUGCAAACUAUGGCGGCUUUCCGUUGCGUGUCCACGUCCGCAAGGAGAUGAAGAUGGCCUGGGACCUUUUGCGCGUCAACUUUACGCUGCCUGAUGCCGACGACAGCGCUGUGCUUGCUGCGCUCCAAGCCCGACUUCGUCCAUGCCACAUCGAAGAAGUCUCUGCCCCGCCCGAUUCGAGCCCCGGCGCAUUGCGGCUGCCGCUGCUCCUCACGGGGUCGCCAGGCAUUGGCAAGUCGGUGCUUCUCAUCCUCUUUUGCGCCUACCUCGGCGUGUACCACGACGUCAACAUUCUACUCGUGCGCAGUGUCAAGGACGUCGAUUUGGACACCCCGGAUGGCGCUGCGCUGGGCGACGCUGUCUUUUGUUUUCGCGGUGGGCACGUGACCAAGUACCCCGGCUUCAACGGAAAAGACUUUUGCGAUCUCUUCGACGCGUUCAAGUCCGAGACCCACGCCAAAGGACGAACGCUCCUCGUCGUCGCCGACGGCUAUCUUGAGUCGCGCUUCCAGAGCCAGGAUGCGCUCACCAAAGCCGUGGCCUCGAGUAAUAUCCUCUCGGCAUCGGCGCAAUACCGCAUCAAGGACGACGGCAAGCGUGUGCCACUGACGCUCCCUGCAUGGUCCAAAGACGCUCUUUGUGAUGUGUGUGCCAUCUACGAGGGGGCCUUGAGCACUGUUGAGGAGCGCUACGCGUUCUCUGGUGGCAGUUUGCGCUCGUUCCUUUUGUCGCCCAGAAGCCAGGAUUUGAGCCCGAGUGCACUCGCCGACGAAGACGAGAUUCGACGCAUGUACAUUCAAGACAUUGGUCACUACGCGUGCUACCUCUAUCAAGGCCGAUGCGUGCUGGACACCGGCCCUGCCCAGCGGCACUGGCUCGCCAUGGAGCGUAUUUGGGCCGUUGCAGACGCGCUCCAAUGGGUCGAGACGACGACGUACACGGCGCUCUACAAGUCGCUCUACAAAGCGAUGAUUCACAAGCUCGCAUUUGACGGCGUUCUUCAGCUCGAGCUCUCGGGCGAAGCGACGCCUCUGGUUGUCACUGCGCGGUUUGAAGCCGCAUUGGCCAAUGCGUCCAAGGUCGACUACAUGAGCUGCCUUGGGACGGGAUGGAUCGACAAGACGUACUGGGCGCCCAACUAUUACGUGCUGUUGCCCGGUAUUGAUGCCAUUUGCGUGCAAGACAAGUGCGUCCACUACUUGCAAAUGUCGGUCACGCCAGUGCGUCAGCUGCCGUGGGACGCGAUCCACGAGGUCCACGAAGUCCUUUCGAGCAACCCGCACCUCGCCGGCUUUGACCACGUCUACGUCAUUGUGACACCACCAGCACUUGUCGUGGCCGAUUGGACUCCGAGCCAAAUUGACGGACUGCGCGUGUGCUACGCGUCUGCGCGGGAAGUGGCCGGCGCGCGGAAUCUAGCGUCGUUGUUGUAGCCGAUCCGUAUUGUAUAAACAUGCUCAUUGACAACAAAAACAUAGUCAUCUCUAUCUACCCAUCUAUCUGUCGUUUUGUCCAA